UUCGACCUCUCUUAGGCGAACUCGUAGCUAAGUGUCAUUCAUCUUCGUCAUAACUAAAUGAUGGGAAGAAGUUCAGUUGGGUUUUUUGCAUUCCUUCUACUCGUCUUCGUUUUUGCUAUGUCAGAAAUCACGACUGUGAAGGCGAAAGUAUGUGAAAAGCCAAGCAAGACCUGGUUUGGGACUUGCAAAGACACAGCCAAGUGCGACAAGCAAUGCAUAGAGUGGGAGGAUGCAGAACAUGGAGCUUGUCAUCAACGCGAAGCGAAAUAUAUGUGCUUUUGCUACUCCAAAUGUGGUCCCAAGGCAUCUCCUACUCCUCCCUCUACUGCUCCCCCUGGGAAUGGGGCACCCACACCGAAUCCUCCAGGACCUCCUGGAGGCGGGCAACCACCUCCGGCGGAAGGGGGACAGCCACCUCCGACGGAAGGGGGACAGCCACCUCCGGCGGAAGGGGGACAGCCACCUCCGGCGGAAGGCGGACAGCCACCUCCGGCGGAAGGUGGACAGCCACCUCCGAGCAUUUGAUUGGAUGCUUGAACAGCAAGCAUUAGAUGACUAUAAAUAAAGAGAAAUUGCUUCCGAUGAACAUAUGAGCAUUUUCUAAAUUAAAAGGUCUCUUGUAUCGAUAAUACAUAGCUCGUGAUUCCCAUGUAUAACUGUUUCAAUGAUUCA